CGGUUCGGCCCGCGACGACCGGGCCCCAUAUAGAAGUUGCGUCGCGACGCGGCCGCCAGUUUCGUCCCGCUGCCCUUCGGAUAUCGUCGCUCAGCAAUCAUGAGAUUCCUCUUAUUCAUCCUGGUCGUGGCGCCCGUGCUGGGAACGGAAUUCCACAGCCACAUCCGGGAACGCAGGCAAGCGCAGCAAGCCAAUUACCGUGCUUACAAUCAAGCACCGGCAGCGAUCAAGCAGAUAUUGGCCGCGCAGCAGUAUCGCGAUCCGCUCGUUCAUCUUCCGCCGCAACCGGUGCCGAAUCUGGCGCCUGCGAGACCCAUUGAGCCUCAGUACUUGCAGCAAAACCAACUGACUCAGUAUCGACCGAAUGUACAAGUAGGUCAGGCGCCUGCUCAGCCGACCUAUAAGGACAUUCCCGUAAGACCGGCAGCGUACACUCCGCCGGCCUCCGCUCAGCAACAAUACAACCCGCAAUAUCGCAGCAAUUAUUCGCCGCAGCCGCUACCGCAGCCGCAGCAGCAGCAGCAGGCUGCGACCAAUUAUCAGUAUUCCAGAAAUCUGCCACCGCAGCUCCAGCAGCUCGUGCAGAUCCAGCAGAACCUGCCUAAUGCGAUUCCGCAAGGACAUCAGGGAUAAUCUGCCUGAUUAGGUCAUCGGGAUGACGAUUUGUCUACAAGAUGUCGGUCGUUCCCUUUUUGUAAGAAUAUACCGAUCAUUCCCUCUGCAUCAUUUUAACCAUUGCAUUCAUCAUAUUUUAUUAUUGAUAAAUUCGUAAUCUAUUCAUAAUCCUCGCUGAAACGCGAGGAAUAGUAACUGUUUUUUUUCUUUUCGUAAAUAUUUUAUUAUAAAUUCAUUAUGUUAAUUUGUUGAAACGAAUUAAAUCGGAAAAAGUUUUCUAA